AUGAGCGACAUUCUUUUCCCUUCUCAGCCUGAGUCUGUCGAGGAUCAAGCUGCCGUCCUUGAAGCGAUGAGGGAAGACUGUGAAGUCAGAAUGAGAGAAGAGAUACGCCUCUUGAAACAGCUGAGGACAGAGGCCAGGGUGAGAGGCAAGGGAGUUAGCAUGGGAGAGGAACCAUACGGAGCAAGUGUAGACUUUCCAGGCGUCGAAAACAUCAAAUCCAGAACGAGAAGUUCAGACCAACCAUCAGGAAAUAUGGACGAGGGUAAAGACGACGGGAGCCGAAAUAAACACCCUGAAAAUCAGCUCAUUAAGGCAUAUAAUAAUAAUAAUCAGAAUGUCAAGGAAAAUGGGUCUGCAGCUGCUGCUUUCUGUCCCACGACAUUUGACGAUGUGUACUGCUGGCCUAGAACACCCCCAGACACGCUAGUCACUAUUCCUUGUCCUACGUACGUCCAAGGAUUUCCUCACGGGAGUCACGCCUCCCGGUACUGCACGUCGCAAGGCACGUGGUUCCGCCUCGAUGGAGGCAAUAGCUCCUGGACCAACUACACCCAGUGCUCCACCAUGUACGUCUUGGCAGAGAAUGUCAAUAUCACGCUUUUUAAGUGGGUUCCCGUGGUUCGUGUGGUAUCGUACGUGGGCUACAGCGUGUCUCUGGUCACCCUGGUGGUAGCGUUCACCGUCCUCGCCUGUAUGCCGCUGGUGCUGGUACUGGGUUGGGUCGCAGCCAGGAUCACCUCGGAGAACACACUCUGCUGGCUCACCAACGAGAGUCCCUGGGUCUUCUGGACCUUCAUCAGAGGUCCCAUCUCCGUCUCCAUCCUGGUAAGUUUUGCGCUGUUUCUGAACAUCGCCAGAGAGCUGCUAUUAAAGCUCAGGUCAUCUACAACACCUGAGAGCCGCAAGUACAGAUACAGGCGGUGGGCGAGGUCAACACUGGUGCUGGUGCCACUCUUCGGAGUUCACUACGCGGCUCUCCUGGGAUUCACCUACUUCAUGGGCAAGAACCACACCAUGGAACUCAUCUGGCUCUUCACCGACCAGUUCUUUGCCUCAUUCCAGGGCUUUUUUGUAGCAACUUUGUACUGCUUGAUGAAUGCCGAGGUCAGGUCUGAGCUACGUAAGGUGUGGCAACACUGGCGGAUUGUCAAAGGAAGUGAGAGCAUCAACAUACACUCUGCGUUCUCACAGUCACGCACGUACUUCAGCAGAGGGACGGCGACUCAAGGUGCAGCUCCUACUACAAGUCGCAGGAAACUGGAAGUGUUGUCGGGUCGAGGCGACCAGUGCAGUCUGGUGAGAGCGGUGAGGGCGAACGGGACCACCACAAGGGAGAACUCCUUCUCACUCCACGACAAGUCUGUCUUCGAAGACACUGAUAAUCAGUUAGUGACGGUGAACCUGGCAGUGGUGGAGCUGCAGCAGAACUGGGACGCCCACGCCACGAACGCCCACACCACGCCCACCUCCCCCUGGUAUGAAACCCAUCUUGGCACCACCACCAGCUUGGACUCUACCUUCGUUCUCCAGCCCAUGGCCCACACCACUCAGAAAGCCACAAUAUGCGUCGAGGAUAGCACUAAGCCCUCGGCCACAUCAAGCCAAGGGAUUCACGAGAACCCAGGCUCAGACUCCGGACUAGAGCUGCCUCCUCCUCCUCCUUCAGGUAUCCUCUACGACAUGGCUGACUCCUGCGAGGGGUCCCCGCUGCUAGUCAACACUUCCCACAUUGCUGAGAGCACCUUCUGAAAUCGCAAAUUUUUACCUUUUUAAGCAAACCAACUUACAUCAGAAAUGUUAUGCUCGACCGGUAGACUAUGUUGGUGAUGGUUCUUCAUGACCAUCAUAGUCUGGUGGUCCAGCCAUUACAUUACAAACUUGUACUACGCUACUCUGUAUGAUAGUUACAUAAUGGGGACAUGAGCUAUGAGCCUAUCAUAUUCCACCACACAGGAUGCGUUUCAUACAUCGGAGAACCCGGUUCAUACAAAGAGAAGCUGUCUGAUGUAGAGAGACUUCUCUUCCUUGCAUACCAUACAAACUAUCAUCAAUCAAUAUACCUAAUUCGGAGAUGAAUAAAUUUUCGCUGAUUUUUUUUUCAAACGGAAGGGUCGAGGUAACUGUGCAAAUUAACAUUUCAUACAAUACUAGAACCUCGUCUCGGGUGGGGUGAGGGGGUGAUAUUUUUAUAUGUAUUUUGUGAGUCGGAUGAGUAUGAGUGUUUUGCUUUCCAUGAAUAAGACAUAUGUGCAACACCUGGGUUGUAACCCAGGCGUUGUACAUGUGUCUUAUUCGUCAACCUGAUGGAAGUUUUUCUAGUAGCGUACUUGAAAAUCCACGUAGAUCAAAAUUAGGAAGCCUUGUUAAAGGUAAUGUUGCACAUACUCAACAGGUAUUUUGAAGUCAAGUCUGUAAACAAGACACAAUUGCAGCUCUAAGACAUUUAUUAUUGAAGUGUUUCACUCACUCUGAUUUUUGUCAAUCAAUUGGACUCACAAAUCUCCAAGUGAGGGGAAACGUUUUCCUAAUAAAUUUCCAAGUACUGUACUUGUCCUGUUUACUUAUCAAUUCAUAUUUAAUGCCACCUCUGACCAAGUCAGGUCUCUGGCACAGGAAAAACUUUGCUUUAAAUAACGUUUCCUAAAAUUACUCUCUGUGUCUUUAUAUAAACAAUCUGUGGGUAUUUGUAAACCAUUUAUUGUCAUAUUUCCUGAUGGUGCUUGAAAGUGUUUGCGCCAUGAAGAGCUUUGUGAGUAGCAGCACAGGUUAGUGUGUGAGAGAGAGAGAGAGACAGACAGACAAGCUAACAGAGGCAGAGAGAGAGUUUGAAGUUGUUUACACGUGUGUGAGGAGAGUGGAGGUGGCCCUGAUGCACGGACGAGCUUGAUAUUGACACCUUCCUUGAUCUUGCUGCCUCCAGCAACUUUACCACUACCACCACCACAAUCCUCACCACCCCCACCACCACCAUCAUCCCUACUACUCUUACCACCACUUUCCUCAUCACCACCACCACGACACAACCGCUAUCACCACACAUCUCCACUAACCCAACCCCACCAAACACAUUAAUAAUCUUACCUUUCAUUUCCAUUACCACCACAUGCGUCACAACCACCGUCACCACGACAGCCUCCGCCUCCAUCACAACCAGCACCGCCAAUACAACUACAUCUCACCAUCACAAUCACCAUCGCUUCAGGUGUGUUUAAGUUUUAAGCUUUGUAACAUAAGAGAGGAGCAAUACAGUAGGUCCUCUUCUCUGGAAAAGCGACAUAUGAGUUAUUAGGACGUUUACGGAGGAGACGUCUCGACCACCAGGGGGCUUUAUCAUUCAGAUACAGAAAACAGGAAACACAGAGUAAAUCAGAUGCUGUACUGACUUUGGCCUAGUGGCUUACGCACUGGCCUGGAGUUUUACGACUCACUUGCCACGGGUUCAAACUCCACCCGUUUCGUGGGUUGUUUGAAAUCGCGUUAUUACGAUUUUGUGAAUCAUGAGUAGUCUGCUUAGGUAGAAUAAAUUUAACCAGUAUUUUCCUAGAUUAUGAUACUGCCGGUGUUUUGAGUGAGGGUGGUGUGGUAGAGACGAGAGCAGAUUCUAGUCAUUAUCUGAUAUUUAGACUCGGACUCCUUAAUGUCAAGUUUGGCCUCUUGGACGAUCGUGAGAGGUAUGCGGGUGUUGCAGAGUAUGAUGCAGGCAAAGGAUCAUAAUAACCCUUAAUUUUUAAGGGAUGGAGGGGUAAGCCAGCGGAAGGCCUCGGUCAGAUGACCAAAAGCUCCAGUGGCGGGUCAUCAUAUGACCAAGACCAGCGUCAGGGAACACUUAUCCUGUUUCCUGACAAACCUUUACUUUAACCUGGAUCAUUCGUCCCAUUUGGAAUGCACAUUUAUGCACAACUAUGCGUUGCUUUUCCUUCUCUUAGAUGUUGCUCCCAUGUAUAGUUUACUACAUCCCCCACAUGGAAUAGUGUAAAUACCAGCGUUGGGGUCACUGUGUUCCUCUGUGUUAUUACGUACUGUAUGGUGUUGGAAGCAGUGCUUUUACCUGUUAGUUUGUGGAUAUUCUCUGCCCUCCUGGGAGAACCAUGUAUCGUUUUACGUCUUUGUGUUUAAUAUUGGAAUAUGUGUCGUGCGUAUAACUUCAUCCUUCUUGGAGGAAGCAGGACUCAUGGUUCUAUAACUCGUCAAUAAAACUCCUUGAAGACUCUUAGUACUUGUGUUGUGGUGUAUGGACUAUGGAUUGAAUAACCCACACUCGUUUAGCGCUCCAUAUUAAAAUAAAUAGAAAAAUAUAAUAAUAAUAAUAAUAAUAAUAAUAAUAAUAAUAAUAAUAAUAAUAAUAAUAAUAAUAAUUGAAAAAAUAAACAUUAUUUUACCAUUAUUUAUUUCAAUAAGACGUAAUUUAUCUUCCUUUCAAGGUUCUCAUGGUGGAGCACUAAGAGACCUCAUAUCAUAAUGAAGCAAGAUAUGAGAUCUGCAUUAGAGCAAGACCUUGAGGUAAAAAUAAAUAAAUCUUCCAUCAAAUCGAAGUAUUCAAAAACGACUUCCCCCCAAAAAAUCGUAUCCCGAAGUUUUCUGGAAAAUUCAAUUUGAGGCAGAUGGAAUUCUGCGUCAUUGCCUCCACUGAAUACGGAAUUUAAAAAAAAAAUUAAUAAUGGCCACGUAUUUACGUUCAUGUGAAAUGUACAAAGAUCAAGAAAAUCUGUGAGGGGAAUCAAGGAGGAGGCGAGAGUGUGUCUCGCUCAGCAACUUUUAGUCGACGAAUCUGGAUACAGAAGAAAUUGAUGGCCAACGCUAUUGUAAGUCGACACGCUGGCUAAUUUGUAAGUCGACACGCUGGCUAAUUUGUAAGUCGACACGCUGGCUAAUUUGUAAGUCGACAAGCUGGCUAAUUUGUGAGUCGACACACUGGCUAAUUUGCAAGUCGACGGCUGGCUCAUUAGUAAGUCGACAAGCUGGCUAAUUAUUAAGUCGACAUACUGGCUCAUUUACAAGUCGACGCGCUGGCUCAUUUGUAAGUCAACGCGCUAGUUAAUUUACAAAUCAACACACUGGCUAGUUUGCAAGUCGAGACGCUAGCAAUUUCUGAGUCGACACACUAGCUAAUUUCCAAGUCGACACACUGGCUAAUUUGUAAAUCGAGACACUAGCAAAUUAUUAACGAGAUUCACUCCAAAAUCGACGCACUUGUAUAUCUACCCACUUCUAAAUUCAGCCCGACUACAACGGGAGACUUUCCCACUCAGAUUACAAACUUUUUUCCAGUUCUCUCUUAAUGACGCUGUUUUAUUCAACUGAAUCCUUCUCUAAUGUAAAAAAAAAAAACUGGGGGAACUAAGCUAGUUCAGACUACAUUGGACGAUAUAUAGGAUUGUGUAGGAUGAUGUUUAAGACAGAGUGAUGGUGUGUACGGCUGUGGUACAGAAGUUGGUAGGAUGCAGAAAUGGGGAAUAUAAAGCGGAAAUAAAUAAAAAAAAAAUACUGUGUAAGGGAAAUGUAAUUUUGCGAAGCCGACAAAUUGAGAAUUGAAACAGGAUGACAUUUUGAUGGAUCAGGGGACGGUUUGGCCCACGACUGGUCGAAACGUCCGUCGUUCACUUUGUAUUUCAGAGCUGACGUUCGUCCUUCAACAAAUACGUUUUCGAAAUACGUUUCGCUCUACGAGCCUCACAUUUCUCUUAUUCUCCAAGAAGAUGUACCUUCAUAUAAAGACUGGAGCUAUCCUCCCAUUCCUUGUAUCAAACCUGACUGUAUUUCAUUUCCCAAGCGCGGUAUGGGCCUCUUAAAAAAUGAAUCGCUAAAUUAUUAUUGGAAUAAAAUCAUAAUCAACCAAGAUGUUUUUAAGCUUAUGGAGAUUUCAAGGAGAGAAAAUCCUGGUUGUUAUUUUGAGUGUGCUUGACGGGAAAUUAAUUUCGAAUUACACACACUGUUAACUAUAGUGUUGGCGCGCCUCUGGCAAGACAGUGAUGAAGGGAGUGAUGAUGAAAGUGUUUCUUCUGUUAUAGGUCAUCCAAAUACCCAUGGAUGUCAACGUAUACCUUCACGUUCACAUUGGCUUAUACUCCAUCAGGAUAAUAUUCGCCCGUACGUUCGUAGGCGCACACACACGUCUCCCGUUCGUAUGUGCCCGUAAAUUUUCACGUUCACGUACGUCAUUACACAUACCUCAUCGCGGAGAUCUGCUUGGGAGACAGACCUCUGCAUCUUACUUCCUACUAUCAUCCAUAACUUAACUUUCUAAAUAUGUAAUUAUGAUUAUACUCAGAAUGAUAAUUAUG